UCGUCGUGGAUUCCUGAGGCUCGUCUCUAUAGCAACCCGUUCCUCCUGCUGAACACUGCUGCCAACUCGCCCUCUCUGCCACACGACGAGUCUCUCCUCAUCCCCCUGCCCAAUCGCCGGCCCCGAACAGCGUUGGAAUGGACACCGAGUCGACCCACUCUGGCUACUCCUAUCACUCCAGCCGCUCUGGGAGGUCAAACCGACAUGGAGAUCGAAAUCGUGAGCGACACAAAGCCAGCAGCAGCAAAGACAGCAGCCGCUCUGAGAGAUCCGUCGUCAUCAACCCUCCCGACACGCCGUCCCAGGAUUCCCCUGUUCACAACGGAGAGCCGCUGCCUGGGGAACCCACACCAGCACUGGAUCAUGGAGAUGAAGCCCAGGAUGACAACUGGGGAGAAACCACCACCGCUGUGACAGGCACCUCAGAGCUCAGUAUUUCCCAGGAAGAGGUGGUCGGCCUGGGGAAGGAGAUCCAGGACCGAACCCAAGGCUUCCGCCGCUAUCUUCCCCUGGCUGUGGGCUCGUGUGUGGGGCUGCUGGUUCUGGCCACGCCGCUGGUCUUCCUGCUCCUUCCAGCAGUGAUGUGGCCCGACAGACUGCAGACUUGUGGCGCAGCCUGCGAGGGCCUCUUCCUCUCCAUUUCCUUCAAGCUCCUCAUUCUCCUGGUGGCUGUGUGGGCCUUGUUCCUGCGGCCGGGCCGGGCCUGCCUGCCCAGAGUGUGUGUGUAUCGUGCCUUCCUCACCACACUCACACUCCUGCUCACCAUGUCUUAUUGGCUCUUCUAUGGGGUCCGGAUCCUUGACGCAGAGGAUGAGGAUUACCAUGGUAUCGUCCAGUUUGCUGUGUCCCUGGUGGACUCCCAGCUGUUUGUUCACUACCUGGCAGUGGUGCUGCUGGAGCUUCGCCACCUCCAGCCCUGCUACAGCGUUUGUGUUAUCCGCUCCACGGACGGGGAGACUCGUCACUAUAACAUUGGACAGCUCAGCAUUCAAAAGGCGGCUCUGUCUAUUUUGGAGUAUUACUACAGAGAUUUUCCACUCCAUAACCCGUCCCUCCUCUCUGCUUCCAAGCACCGAGCUGCCAAACACCUGGCUGGGUUAAAGGUCUACAACGUAGAUGCCCCGGGGAACACAGCGGGGGCUCAGCCAAGUAAUGGAAAUCAGUCACGGGCCAUGGUUACAGCUGCCGCCAAACGUAAGGACAGCGCCCACAAUGAGCUGUACUAUGAAGAGGCUGACUACGAGAGGAGAGUCCGCAAACGUAGAGCCAGGCUGGUAGUGGCUGUGGAGGAGGCCUUCACACAUGUCCGACGCAUGAAGAAAGAGGAUGAGCGUGCAACACCCUCGGAUAUUAUGGAUGUACGCGAAGCGGCUCUGGCCAUAUUUCCCUCUAUGGCUCGUGCCCUGCAGAAGUACCUCCGGACCACCAGGAGGCAACACUGCCACAGCAUGGAGAGCAUCCAGAAGCACCUGGCUUUCUGCCUCGUCAAUAACAUGAGCCCUAAGGCUUUCCUCGAGGCCUACUUGGCCCCUGGUCCGACCCUGCAGUACGGCCCUGAGCGCUGGAUGGCCGAUCAGUGGACUUUGGUCAGCGAGGCUUCUGUUACCAGCGGCAUCAAGGAGGGAACAGAGUUUCUGUUGAGGUGUCUUGACUUUAACUUAGCUGUCACCAUCAAGGGCAUCCCGUACAUCCGUCUGACUGAGGAGUACAUCGACCCCAAGUCGCACAAGUUUUUACUGCUGCUCCAAUCAGAAACCUCAGUUUAACAGUGACACAGUGGACCAGCGCUGCUGCUCUGGACUUACAGAACUGUUAUCCAACUGAUUUUUUCAAAACUGACUUUUUGUACUGUUUUUUGUACUUAUGUUUAUGUAGUUUUUUUCACAUAGAGUUAUCCUUAUGUCUGUUGUCUUUGUUCCGGGAGACUUACAAGCAGGAUAUAAGACAGAAAUCAAGGGGAAACACGCCUGGAUUUCUCUGUCCUGACGUUUGCAGAACACAGCUCGGUUACUCCUCUAUGCACUACAGAUGACCGUCACAAACUUUCAUCUUCCUUCAUUGCAUGUGCCAGUGUGUGCCUGUGUAGGAGAGGUUGAGAUUGUGUGGCUUUAGGAUGCAAAAUUUGGUGUGGUUUUUACUUGUAGUGCACACUUGGGUCAGUCUUAGCCUGUUUCCUCUUUCUCCCGAGUGUCACAUUUGAUAUAAACAGAACCUGUUUCACCAGAACUCCUCUUUUUCAGUCUUAGCAGUUAUUUAAUUCAUUCUGUGUCACAGAUAUCUGUACAGUAUUUAUAUGUGAAUAUACUUUAUCCCUACAAACUUUUUAUACCAAAAUCGUGCAUUGCUUGAAUGAUUUUUUUUUUAUCUUGCCUAAGAUUUUUUACCUUGUCUAUCUACGCUGUAUUUGUUGAGAUAACUGGACUGUAAAUAGGUGAAGACGUAUUUGUAAAUGUCAGACAGGAGUCUCUUGGACUGAAUGCCUACCACAGUGCAACGCAAGACGGACAGUCUAGCCAAAAGAUUGUGAAGGAAAACAUCUGACUACACGUGACAUUUGUGUGUGCAAUGGUCACUGAGCUUUUCCCUAGAAUCCUAAUGUUUUGAAAGCAAUGAGCUUCACAUGGUUGACUUUUUAUAUCUGAUGUUAGGUUUUAAUCAGUGCUGUUUAAUUUCAGAACAUUUUCCCCUGAUUCCAAUCAAGAUGCUUUGUAAAAGUCUGGUCAGCCAAAGGACAUAUUCUGGUCAAACCACUGUCCUAAUAUUGAACAGGUUUCUCUUAUGUCACCAGAACAGCUGUGAUCCUUUGGGGAAUGGACACAGAACCUCUGGGGGUGUCCUGUGCAGUCUGAUGUUGGAUCCUUUGGGUCCUAUGGGUUACAAGGUGUGGCCUCUAUUGAUCUAGCUUGUUCCGGUACAUCUCACGGAUGCUUGAUCGGACUGGAAUCUGGAGUUUGGAGGCCAUGUCAACACUUUGGGCUCUUGGUCGUGUUCCUUGAGCCGUUCCUGGGCAGUUUUUGCAGUGUGGUAACAUCCUGACUUUAGGGAGUGCUGAUGCUGGGAGGGUGUGUUUGGUGUGGAACAAUAUUUAGGUGGAUGGUACAUGUCAAAGUAACACACACAUUUAUACCAAGAUCCAAUAUUUCCAAGCAAAACCCUGCAUUGUAACGAGGCGAUCAAGGUUACACACUUUACCUGUCAGUGGUUAGAAUGUUGUAGCUCAUCGGUGCAUACUCCGUCAUUUUGAACACAAAGCACAAACUUAUAUAUUGUUUAAAACCGUAUUUCAGGAGCAAUUUGAAAAGUUUCUGAUUCUCAGUUUUCUCCUGCUGACACAUAUUUGAACAAGAGUUGAAAAAAAUGUGUGUAAAUUAGCUCAACCCAAUAUCAGUAUUUCUGCAGUCAGUAUUGUGUUACACUACUGCCACCUACCUACCAGACCUGGAACACUAUUCUGAGCAUCAAUCCAACAUGUUAAGAACAGUUGAUCUGUAUUUUUUAAAGCUCUUUGUAUUUAUGAGACUUGUUGUGUCGUAAAAUUCUAUUUACAAGAGUGUUACUGUGCUCACAGACGGUGUAGUUUUGCUUAGGACUGUUUUGGAGUGUCGAUGGUUGUAAAUACCUUCUCUUCUUGACUACACAUGUGCCUCAGUUAUACAUAUUUAGGAUAUGCUCAGCAUACAUGUGCAGUUUUCGAGUAUGUGUGUAUAUGUGUGCGUGAGAAACAGAGAAAGUAAAAGAGGAAAAAAGAAGAGAGCAUAAUGACAAAAAGAGAUUGCUUUUUUUUUUUUUUUUUUUUUAAAUGUCCAAAUGUGAUGCAGCUGACAAGUCAUGAGUUUGAAGUUGUCCUCGUCUUCUUUUUAUACAACUUAAAAUGUAAAAUCAUAGCAGCGGUGUCAAAGUCACAUUUGUAAAAAAAAUAAAUAUUUGUACUGGC